UGUUCUCGAGAAACCUAGAACGUCAGAAAUCGUGUCAAAAAUUCCUCAUCGAUUUUAUUUUUUGAAUCCACGUUUCACUCCAUUAAGCUAUCCACGUCAUAAUCCACAUCACAAAUCAAUACCCGACGACUCUCGAAAUUUCUAAAAACCAAAACCGUGGGUCUCUUCUCUUCACCACACCAGAAUUCCCCAAUUCCUUGGUCAUUUAAAAUUGUAUCCAGACGCCUGAUCUCUUCUAAAAUCAUCUCAUAACCUAAAAUCCUACAUUCUAUUCUUUGAUUCUUGUUUAGUCAGCGAAGAUGUGGAAUCAGCCGUAUGGAAAAACUGGAGAUCUUGAAUCAGGGGCGGCUCGACCAUUAUAUCCAAUGAUGUUAGAAAGUCCUGAACUAAGAUGGGCAUUCAUUAGGAAAAUCUAUUCAAUCUUAUCACUGCAAUUGCUUCUCACAAUAGUAAUUGCAUCUAUUGUUGUUUUUGUUCACCCUGUUUCUCAUUUCUUUGUUUCAACUAGUCCUGGUUUUGCACUUUACAUUGUUAUCAUCGUCACUCCCCUUAUAGUGUUAUGUCCUCUAUCAUACUAUUACCAGAAGCAUCCAGUGAAUUUUAUACUUCUUGGUAUAUUUACGGUUGCGAUUGCCAUGGCUAUUGGAUUAACUUGUGCUUUCACGGAAGGGAAGAUUAUUCUGGAGGCUGCAAUAUUAACAGCAGUGGUGGUGGUAAGCUUAACCAUGUACACAUUUUGGGCGGCUAAGAGAGGCUAUGAUUUCAAUUUCCUUGGGCCUUUCCUGUUCGGUUCCAUCAUGGUACUGAUGGUGUUUUCUAUAAUUCAGAUAUUUUUCCCACUAGGGAGGAUAUCCUUGAUGAUUUAUGGGGGUCUCGCUUCAAUAGUAUUCUGUGGAUAUAUCGUUUAUGAUACCGACAACCUGAUCAAGCGUUACUCUUAUGAUGAGUACAUCUGGGCUUCUGUCUCACUAUACCUGGACAUUGUCAAUCUCUUCCUGUCUUUGCUCACUCUGUUCAGAGCUGCUGAUAGCUAGAAGCUUCCUUUCAUUCUUAACUGUUCCUGUUGUCCUUUCUUUUUGGUUUUUAAGCUUUAGUCAUGAGUAUGAACUACUUCAGAUUGUUACAGAUUGUUACAUGUGUAAGACAUGGUAUGAUUUAAUGUGUUUCUGGCCAGUGUUGCGCCAUUAUUUGGUCUUCAGAUGGAUGCGAGACCGUCUCCUGUAAGUAAAAUUGAUGAAGUUCUGUGACAGAGUGACCCGGUACACAAAUGGCUUUGGGAUGAAUCACGGUAUUGUUGAAGCAUAUUUUCUUA